CCCCGCUAUAAAAAACAGGCCUCGCCACCCCCCUCUCCUCACUCCAUCCUUGCACUCACAGCAGCAGCAGCAGCAGCACAGCGAAGCAGCCCCACGCGCAUCUCUGGUCUAGCGAUCGAGGAGAGGAGAGGAGGCGAGCAGCAGCGAUGGCGAGGUCUACCAAGAUGAUGGCGGCGGCCCUGCUGGUCCUGGCCGUGGCGGCGGCGACCGCCGAGGCGAGGAACAUCAAGACAGCGGAGGACAAGAAGCAGCAGAACGACGACGCGGCGGUGCAGCCGCAGACCUUCCCGCCCUUCGACCGCCUCGGCGGCGGCAUGGGCAUGCUCGGCGGCGGCAGCCUCCCGGGCAGCAGCAUCCCGGCAUUCUCCCUCCCCGGCAGCGGCGGGAUGAGCCCGGGCUUCUUCCCCGGAACCGGCAGCAUCGGCAGCAUGCCCCUCUUCGGCGGCGGCUCCCCCGGCUUCGGUGGCUUGCCUGGCUCCCCAGUCGCCGGCGGCUCCGUCCCCGAGCACGCCACCAAGCCCUGAAGUCCUUCGCCGGAGCCCGGGCUAUAGUUCCUUCCUCGCCGUCGUCGUGCAUGCGUGGCUGGUUUGGUUGGCCGGUCGGCUUCCCCGUUCAUCUGUGCAGUUAGGCUUGCACCCUACGUCUAGCUAGCUAUAACUUGUGUGUUCUACUGCUUCUAGUUACCUUCUCGCAUUGCAUUGGAGAGAGUUGGGGAUGUGUUGGUUAUUGUGUUUGAUUUGUUGCUUGGUUGUUAGGUUAAGGGUAUCGUCAAUGGUGUCUGUGUUCUUGGUGUUGUACUGGUGAUGUUCUUCAGGCGUGAAUAAUGCUCAUGUGAUGUUGUGUGUUGUGGGAUUUGGUGUAAUGUAAGCUAGUUUUCGUUGUCAUUCUGUGCUAUAUGAAUGGUUGGCAGAUUUAAAAUUUGAACGUCA